CUUGGGCAAGAUAAGACCGAUGGCUCACGUAGAGUAUAAAAAUGUUGUCCCGUCAAGAAAUACUGCAGUGUCAGCGCCACCAUGAGUGUCAAGGUGUUCACUUUCUGCUUUGCCUUCGCGGCAGUCUGCUAUUUGUCGCAGGUGCAGGCCGGCCGGCUGCCCCCGGGACUGCCCAAGCCCAAGUCCAGCUCCGUGCUGACCGCCGCCAAGCAGCAGGCCUUGCUCCAGGGCUGCGUUCGCAGAGUGGUGAAGGGCAAGGAGAAGACCGUCCAGGGCCAGAACUUCGUCUUGUGCUUCCGCGACACGUACAUGGCGCUCAAGGUCAAGCCCGCGUUACCGACAAUCCUCAAGGACAUGAACCAGUGCACCCGCCCGGGAGGAUUCAACAGCAAGAGCGCGCUGUACACCUCGCUGGAGAACUGCGUUUUGAGCCUCGUCGGUUAGACAGAGAAGUCAACGUGGAAGCCACACUGACCCACCACUAAUAAAGUAAAGUUUUCCGUUUGUGUUGCUUGAA